AUGGAUCUCGACUCUGGAGAUUCCCCGUGGGGCGAUGAGCCUUCACAGUUCCAGCCCAGCGAUGGCACCUCCAAACCUGACACUCAGGGAGCAGCCGCACAACCCCCCGCGUCAGACAGCUCGCCCGCUGUCCGUGUACCAGGAAGAAGAGGCCCCCGAGGAACACGCAAGAUCAACGCACAAGCCACUAAGCUCGAAUCCGUCGAUGAUUCCGUCGACCCCCUCGGUCCAUUGGGAGAAACACCCGCUGAGCCCACCCCAACACCCGCAGAUGAGGCACCGGCACCGCCCCAGAAGGAGCCAUUCGCCGGACGCAGUGCGCGACCACUCUCUUCUCCCUCCCAGGUAUCCGACGGAGCGGGAGCAGCGGAUUUGGCCAGUGUGGAAGAGGAGAGCGCGGUUUUCCGAGGACCGCCUCCCGUGCAACCGCCGGUACAAGCCGAUGGGCCGAAAAGACAGACGCAGCCCAGUAUGAGCGUGGAGCAGGCUGCAAAGCCGUCUUUCCAGAUUUAUGUUGGAGAUCCCCACAAAGUGGGAGACUUGACAAGCAGUCAUAUUGUUUAUCAAGUCUCGACGAAGACAACAUCUAAGGCGUAUCGCCAACCCGAGUUCACUGUUAGCCGUCGAUACCGUGAUUUCCUUUGGCUCUACAACUCCCUGCACGCUAAUAACCCCGGAGUGGUUGUUGCGCCUCCACCCGAGAAGCAAGCAGUUGGCCGGUUCGAUACCAACUUUGUAGAAUCGCGGAGAGCUGCUUUGGAACGAAUGCUUAACAAGAUUGCCGGCCAUCCCAUUCUUCAACAUGAUGGCGAUCUGAAAAUCUUCUUGGAAAGUGAAGCUUUCACUGUUGAUGUUAAGAAUAAGGAAAACCGAGAGCCCGAUAUUGGCCCCAGCAAGGGAAUGCUGAGCUCCCUUGGUAUUUCCGUUGGUGGAGGAAGCAAGUUUGUGGAACACGACGAUUGGUUCCACGACCGAAAAGUUUACUUGGAUGCACUGGAGAACCAGCUAAAGGCUCUAUUGAAAUCGAUGGACACUGUGGUUAUACAACGAAAGGGACUGGCCGAGGCCGCAGGCGACUUUUCGAGCUCAUUGCACGCCUUAUCUGCUGUCGAGCUGUCCCCCGCCCUCUCCUAUCCAUUGGAAGGCUUGUCAGAACUUCAAUUGCGCAUUCGGGAACUUUAUGACCGACAGGCGCAGCAGGAUAUUCUGACGCUUGGAAUCACGAUCGAUGAAUAUAUCCGUUUAAUUGGAAGUGUCAAGAUGGCUUUCACGCAGCGGCAAAAGGCCUUCCACACCUGGCGUGCAGCAGAGUCCGACCUACAGAAGCGCAGGAAUACCCAUGACAAGCUACUUCGCCAGGGCAAGACUCAACAAGACCGCUUGAACCAAGCCAACGCCGACGUUGCAGAUGCAGAGCGCAAAGUCCAUCAAACGCGGCUGCUCUUCGAGGAUAUGGGCAAACUUAUGCGAAACGAGCUACAACGGUUCGAGAAGGAGAAAGUGGAGGACUUCAAGUCUGGCGUGGAAACAUUCCUUGAAAGUGCAGUUGAAGCUCAGAAAGAGUUGAUCGAGCUCUGGGAGACAUUCCUCCUGCGUCUAGACGCUGGCGAGGAAGGGCUUCCGUAUUAUGUACCUCCUGAGGGGGGCGAUUCAUCUGCUCCAGCAGCGCCCACAGCGUCAGGCCCAGAAUCGGGGCCACCGGCGACUGAGGAUGCUUGA